AUGGCUCAGAUUUGUGUCGCCCAUGCUGGACAUUGGGUGGUGAAGAGCCAGCGGAAGCCGGCUGAGGACGUUGUAAGUAGAAAACAAAGCUCAGACGAUCUGGGUGCUAGUGGCAAAAUCAGAAGAGGGUCUAUGAUGCCCACUCAAGAGGUCUACUCUAGAGGAUCCCACUUGUUGCUUGAGAGGCAGGGAUAUGACGCCAACUCUCGGAGAAGCCAAGCCAGAGGAAGCGUUUAUUCCAGUCAAUCGAGCAAUCUAGAGCUUUCUGAUAUGGGGAGAAGAUUGCUCUCUGCUGCAGCACUGAGCGGGAAUAUGCUUAAACGAGGGGUUAUCAAGCAAGAGCACAAAAAGCGACGGGGUCUCAACCAGCAUGAAAGGAUGGGCUGA